AUGAAUGCUCCUCGGACUUCUCCCUGUAGAUACGAAUUCUUUCCGUCGCGGACAUUCUUCCCGCAAGAAAUACCAGUGAUGUUACACCGUAGUCCUUCUGGAGCCAAGCGAAAGAUACGUCAGCGUCGAGAGGAACAAGGCUCGAGGCCGUCUCCAUUUCUUGCUUCUGCCUCCGCUUCUACCAGCCCUACGCCAUCGACAGCAUCAACAACAACUCCAAAUGAGAGCAAUUAUCGGUCCUUGAUAGAUUCUGGUGCCUAUCAAUCAAUUCUUCCGGAUUUUGACUCGUCGUUCGUACCAGUUCCGCAGCCGAGGUUAAAUUCAACUUUUUCGACUUCGAUGAGCUCGUUAGACAUCACCAAUACGUCCUUAUCCAGCAGCUCUACGCCUCCUCCACCUCUUCACACUAAACCUACUGUGGAGGUGCAUCCGAUGCCCAGUGAGGAACGAAACAUACUCACACACGAUACUGAAAUCAAAAAGGAGAAGCCUGCUGUUCCAGCGAAACCGAAAAACCUGAAAGUGGAUCACUUGAACAGAUCGACAAGUAUGAGCUCGUUGGCGUCUCCAAUUAGCCACACAACAUCCAACUUCUUGAACAAUUUCAUCAAUUCACCGUCACUGGUCAGCCUCCAGCAAGCCUAUAAUUCUACUGACUUUGGGUCGCAAGAAUUGAAGAAAUUGGAUGAAAAGCGGAUGGAGUCAAUAGGGUCAGCAAAUCGGCGCCUUUGUGAUUAUGAAGAUGAUCGACAUGCGAUCAGUGAUGAUAUGAAAGCGAACGAACGGAACGGAGAAUUCCUGUUGAGUAUCAUCGAGAAACAUGAUCCCAGUCUCGCCAACAAGGUUCGAAGGCAUUUGGAUCACUUCAAAGAGUUACUUCGAUUUGAAAUGAAGUUACGGUGUCUGAUGGCUAAAGUAUUGGAUCAUAUUCGUAGUGAGGGCGAACAGGGAGACGUGCUCAUGGAAGAAUCCCGGCUUCGCAGGAGACUGGCUGAUGUGAACUUCCUUCGAUUGACAUAUGCCCGACGAGAGAGAGAUCUGGAGUGUGCUAUGUCACGUUUUUUCGAAGAAGAAGAAAGCAGGCAAUGGCAUUACUACAAGGAUACGAUGAUCCAAUUAAUCCAAAGCGAAGAACAAAUCCGUGAAAGCAUCAUGGACUCAAAAAGACAUUUAAGGUCGCUACAAAAUAAUCGACCGAAUGUCCAGCAAUAA